AUGAUCCCAAGCUCGAGUCCCAGUUCUACACCAACCAAUGUCCCUACCAAACCAGGGGACACACCAAAACCGCCAAGCGCUCCGAUUCCAGCGCCACCAAACAGAAGCUUUUCAACUCCAAGCCCCACAAGUUCCCCAACUUCUUUCCCAAGCUGGAGUCCUAGUUCUGGACCGACAAGUGUCCCUACCAAACCAGGGGACACACCAAAACCAACAAGAGCUCCCAUACCAAAUAGAAGUUUUCCAACUCCAUUACCCCCCCCCCCUGGUCAACUCAAGCCUAAGUGCACUGACAACUUUGGAACAAUUUGGGGUGACGUUCAUGUGAUAACGUUCGAUGGGCUCAAGUAUGACUGCCAGGGAGAGGGAGAGUUCCAAAUUCUCACUUCGCUCAACGAGGGAUCUGAUUUUGAAAUCCAAGGUAGAUUUUCCCGAUUCCAUGCCACCAGACGCAUUACAAUUACUCGAGGCAUUGUGAUUAAUACAGGAGUCUCGGGGACACCAACUGUUCAGCUUGAUCUACCAGCUCACUACGACCACAAAUGUGAUGUUGACAUGUAUGUUGACAAGAUGUACCGUCACAUCCGUGAAGGCACUGGCUUCAACACUGUCAAUGUUACCAGAGAAGCAUGGAACACAUACUCAGUAGUGUAUCCAUGGACUGGAAUUAACCUGGAAAUUCAAGUACAAAAAUCCAGCAAGUUCGGAUGCUUCUUCAAUAUCAAGAUCUGCAUCCCCGAUGAAAUCCGCAAGUCGGAAAGCCUAGUUGGCCUUCUUGGAUCCCCCAAUGCCAACAGGUUUGAUAACUGGAUGAAAUCGGACGGAACGGUUCUACCAUUUCCAAGCACCAAGAAGACAUCAAGGUUCCAAACCGCCUAUGAUUACUGUGUUGACAACUGGUGCAUCUACCAUGAAGAAGAGUCUUUGUUUACUUACAACAAGUCACAAGAGGAGAGCUUUGACUUCUUCUAUAACUGUGUCGAAGAUACGUUUGCGGAAACAAAGUGCGCCAAGGAAAUUUUCUUUGAAGAUUUUAGCGGUGACUUUGACGACUCUUGGGGACGAGCUGCAGAAACAGGUGGCUCUAGGUACAUUGGUCCCAUCGGGAAAUCUGCGCCAAAGAUUCAUAAAGAAUUUGAUGUCCCCGAAAAUGCAGAAAGCUUGACUGUCGAGUUCUUGUUCUAUGAAUUUGAUGAUUGGAAUGGCGAACGGGGAGACAAAGUGUUUGCCAGUGUUGGAGACGUCCGGGUGGACCUGGAAAGAUUUGAACAGAUCGACCCCAUCAACAACCCCAACAAUGAACAAAGUGGCAAGUUUGAAGACGUUGCCUGGUCUCCUUUAGCAUGA